UCCAACCUUCACUUUGUUAAGAUCACAACUUAAGCAAAAAACAAAAAAUUCUACAAACAUGAAACUUUUCGUAGCUGCUGUAUUCGCUCUCUUGGCUUUGGCUUCCGCUGAUGUCAGCCACUUGUCCAAAACCUACUUGCCUCCCGUACAACAAUCGUACUCCGGUCCCAGCUAUCAGCAAUCAUUCUCUUCAUCCGGCAGUGGCGGCUUCUCAGCUCCAUCCAACGAAUACUUGCCUCCCGUACAACAAACCUUCUCUGGUGCUGCUCAAUCCUUCUCCGGCCAUGUUCAACAAUCUUAUGCCGCUCCCGUUCAAACCUACUCAGCUCCUGCUGCUCAAUCUUACUCUUCCUCCGUAUCUUACUCUGCCCCACAACAAUCCUUCUCAGCUCCCACCAGCGAAUACUUGCCUCCCGUACACCAACAAAGCUUCUCAGCUCCAGCUCCCAUCCACUACUCAGCACCCUCAGUCAGCUACUCAGCUCCAUCUGUACAAUCGUACUCUGCUCCAUCUGUACAAUCAUACUCUGCUCCCUCUGUACAAUCUUACUCUGCUCCCGCUGUCCAAUCUUAUUCCGGUUCUUCUUUCGGCUUUGCCUCUGGCUCCGUUGAUGCUGGCACUCAAUAUGCUUCCAACGGUGGUUACGUUUACAGAAAGAAGUAAAUUGUUAAGAGGAUCUAAACUGUGAUUCCAAUUUUCAUUUUGUAGAAUUGAUGCUUAAGUAAUUGUUUAGUAGAUCAUUUCAUUGUUAAAAAAUCAUUAAAAACAAACCGACAUAUUUGUUAAGUAUAUCAAUUUUUUUAUAUAAAUAAAACAAUUUAUAUUUUAAAUAUUUAAA